CGGAAAACGGCGCCAGGCGAAACUGUUCAGUUUUUAAAAAAUUACAUAGUUAAAAUCAGUGCAUUUGUUUUGUCACCUGCUGUCUUCGAAAGAUGGCAAAUCUAUUUGAUCACGUGAGGCUUCUUCACGAGCAGGAGCUUUACCAUGACCUCAAAACCAUGUGUUCUAUGGUGCUGUCCCUGUCAGAACAGAAUGCGGAUGUUUUUAGCAUGACACAGAAGUACCAGAUGAUGGUGUUCUAUGGAGAUUCACUCUACCAGACUGAGGAGUUCAAGAAAGCAGAGGACAUCUACAGAAAGGCACUCUCACUUAAAAAAGCCAUCAACAAGACUAAGGGAAAGUCAUCCCAUCUUGACUUGGUUUCAGAUGUGGACGUGAAGUAUAAAAUCCAUCAGUGUCACUAUUCACUUGGUCAGUUACAAGAAGCAUUAAAUGUGUUGGAGAGUGUGACGACCAAACAGAGGAGUGCUAAGAUCAACAUGUCGCUGGCACGUUUAUAUCACAGGACAGGUAUGGAUAGGUCUGCCAUCACCUGCUACAAGGAGGUGCUCAGGGAAUGCCCAUUGGCCCUGGAGGCCAUUACUGGCCUGAUCUGUCUCGGGGUGAAAGGUCCAGAGGUCGUUGCCUUGGUGAUGCCUGGUAUUGGACAUGGAGUCCAAACAGAGUGGCUGUCACUAUGGAUUAAGGGUCACUCAUUUCUCGCAGCACAAGAUUUCCCCUUAGCUAUCACAUCUUUUAAAUCCCUUGAUGCCAAGCCUUACAUGAAGGACAAUGUGAAUCUACUCUGUAGCCUUGGUGAAGCUCACUUUAAACAAGGUGAUUACCCAAAUGCCUUGCUAGUCUUUCAGAGGGCCCACACCUUGGAUCCAUACAAUUUGAGAAACAUGGAUAUUUACGCUUACAUGUUAGCCAGAGAGAAGAGGGUAAAAGAACUGGAAAGUUUAUCCAAUAAGAUGAUGUCUGUGACAGAACUUGCACCAGAGCCCUGGAUAGUGGUUGGUUAUUUCUGCAUGGUCACCAAGAAGGCCACCAGAGCCGUCUACUUCGCUCAAAGAGCUUACGCAAAAGACAGUCGGAAUAUAGAGGCAUUGUUACUGAAAGGGUCAGCUCUUGUAGAGCUUAAGAAAAUCCCAGAAGCUCUCCUUCAUUUUCGUGAGGCAUUACGAUUGGCUCCUCAUAGAUAUGAAGCUCAUGCUGGCCUGAUAGAUUGCUACACUUCCAGUCGCCGCACACUAAAGGAAGCUAUCACAGUCGCCAGUAAAGCUAUUAGAACCCUGGCACGUAGCGCACGCUCUCUCACACUGUAUGCAUCAGUAUUGGCCAGAGUUCCCACGAUGGAAGCCAGGGCCAAGCCAUACCUGGAAAAGGCAAUGAAACUGGACGCAAACUACCUAGAACCUGUGUACAUCAUGGCAGAGAUUCUCGGCAAAGAGCAUAAUUUCUGGGAGGGCAUUAACCUACUGCGUGGUAAGUUGUACCAUCACAGCACUUGCCGACUUCAUCAGAUGCUUGGUGACUUCCUCACCUGGACUAACGAACACCAGGAGGCGCUCGAUCACUAUAGUAUCGCACUUGGGAUUGACCCUACAAAUACCCAGGCACGGGAAGGGAUGGAGCGUGUGGAGAAGCAGAGCGAGUCAGGACCAGAGCCCGGGAUAGACAUGGAGUUGGUGGAUGGCAGUGAAAACGAGGCAGAGCCUGAUUUUGAGGAGAGUGAUGUAGACAGCAGUGCUUUGUCAGAGACUGACUUCAUGUGAUAACAGCCAAGUUUUGAUUGGACACCAUGCUUGGAAUACUCCAGCGGGCCCCAGAACAACAACAACAUGCCAGUGUUUAUACCUGGACACAUCAGUAUGUCCCAUAAACUGUGAUGAUGGAUCCGUGGGACUGCUGCUAUUGCUGUUGUUGUUCAGUCAUGUUUUAUUGUGGCGAAUUUCAAAGUGACGGAUGCCCUAAAGUAAAACAUUUAAGAAUUCUUGUUGCCAUGGAUACCCUUGUGUUCAACCAGUUGACAAGUCGUACUUGUUUUUGAUGAGGUGCAACAGUCCAUUAUUUGAUGAGGUGCAACAGUCCAUUAUUUGAUGAGGUGCAGCGUUUGGUUCAUCACCCUGGCUCAUUUUCAUCCUGUUCCAAAUUCAUCCAGACCCAGUCACCAUGAUAUGACUGUAAUAUUGCCAAAGUGGCUGUAAGCCAUUAUCAUUCAGUCAUCCAGACCCUUCACCAUUUUCAUCCA